AUGAUGGGGAGAAGAGGCUUUCACAAUUCCCCCGCCAUUCUCUUUUUCCUCUCCGGGUGUAUAUAUUCUCGCACAGAGCUUCUCAUCCAAAAGCUACCGUUUCAGAGGCUUGUGAGGGAAAUUGCACAGGACUUCAAGACUGAUUUGAGGUUUCAGAUUAGCGCUGUUUCGGCGCUUCAAGAAGCCGCUGAAGCUUAUCUUGUGGGAUUGUUCGAGGACACCAACCUCUGCGCCAUUCACACCAAGAGGGUUACCAUUAUGCCCAAAGAUAUUCAACUUGCACGUAGAAUUAGAGGCGAGAGGGCUUAAAGAGGCUGUUGAAAUGC